GAAAACGAAGAGAGAGAGAGAGCCACACAACUCGCAUACAAACCUUGUGCUGUCAGAACAAGCCGAGAACUUCAAGGAAGAAUGGCCGAAACCCAGACACUUAACUUUGGACCAGAAUGGCUCCGUGCCUUGUCUGGAGGUGGUGGAGUAGUGGGUGGCUGUGGGGUUGCCUCUCCACCCCUCUCACCUGCAUUGCCAAAGUAUAAACUUGCAGACUAUCGCUACGGGAGAGAAGAGAUGCUAGCACUUUAUGUAAAGGACAACAAGAUCCCCGUAGACCUACACGAUAAGGAGUUCCUGCCCAUAUUGCAAGAGGAGCCCUUGCCACCUUUGGCACUCGUGUCUUUUACAGAGGAGGAACAGAGAAAUUUUUCCAUGUCUGUAAACAGUGCAGCUGUACUUCGGCUGACAGGGCGAGGAGUCGGUCCGAUAGUAGGGGCACCGAGAGGCCGAAGUACCUCAAGGGGUAGAGGCCGGGGAAGAGGAGAUGGAGGUUUUUACCAAAGAAGUUUCGAUGAUGUGGAAGGUUUUGGUCGUGGAGUGAGGGAGAUGCAUCGUUCCCAAAGCUGGGAAGAAAGGGCAGAGAGAAGGUUUGAAAAGCCAGGUCGAAAAGACCCAGUUGAAGUGGCCCCAGGACAUUUUCCGAUGAAUCACAUCCGGGGCAACUAUGAGGAUGUUGUAACGGCCCUUCCGAGGAAGCAGGAUUUCACGAGAUCAGAGAGCGAGAACUGGCGUUCUUCUCAGGCUGAAGGGCCUCGGUCAGCAGGGUGGCGGGAACACCCAGACCAGCGCCGUCGUUUCCCAUUUGAUGCAAGAGAAGACGAGCGCGGCUUCCGGAGGCCGCGGUCAGGAAGCGGCAGCUUGGAGGAGGCAGAUUAUGCAUCCUUCCUGAAGAAAGUGCCGGAACUCGGUCCCUCACAGCAGCAGCACAACUAUGUCAGCUCAAGCUCCUGCAGCAUCCGAGGCUCUAAGACUGCCAAGGAGUUCCUGUGA